GUGAACAUGGCUAAAUCAUCAAUUUUCUUUAGCAAAAAUACUCCAGCCAGCAUUAAAGACAAGUGUUGCUCUAUCCUAUCUGGCAUUCAAAUCCACUCCUCUACAAGAUAUCUGGGUCUUCUAGUGGGCAUUGGUAGAUCAAAGAGAGAAGCUUUUGAUUAUAUCCUCUUU